AUGACAGUUCUUGAUUGUUUAAUUGAUCAAAGACUAUACAUUGGUUUGCCUGAUGCGAAGCAAAGAGUCCAAGUUUUUGGUGUGCAUAGUUCUGGAAAGCAACUUGCAGAGGAUGUUGAUUUUGAAAAGCUUGUCUUCCGAACUGUUGGAUUCUCAGGAGCAGAUAUAAGAAACCUUGUCAAUGAAGCAGCAAUAAUGAUGGUGAGGAAAGGGCAUUCAAAAAUUUCCCAGCAGGACAUUGUUGAUGUAUUAGAUAAACAACUGCUUGAGGGUAUGGGUGUGCUUCUCAUUUUAAAUAACAAAAUAAAUCAACAACUUUUUUAA